UAGUUGGUUGAAUCUAGAGAAUUUGAGAAACGUAAACGUCACUCAAUACUCAAUUUGUUUUGGUUAGUUUGAUUUUGACGUCUUGGGUGAAAAUUGUUCCUGCUGUUUGUGUAACAAUUGUACGUUUGUGCGAAAUCUUUACGCUUGUAAAACAAAAACACUGGCUGAUUUGAAGAGAAACGAUUUCGACAGGAUGGAAGUGGAUCAAUUCGCUGUCGAUUUAUAUACCGGUGAGGGAUCACGGCUGCCUCUCAUCGACGAAUCGUCGGCUUUCGGGACACAGGCACCGAAGGACAGAUUGAUUGCGAUACUGGACCAAGUGGAGAUGCGAGUGGAGCGGUUGCGGCGUGAUACAGUCCGCAUUGAGGAAGAGCGUGACUCCUUGCUGUCCACCCUAGAUAGUAUCAAACACUCCGAGCUGCUCGGCGAUGUGUCUGAAUGUGACAGAGAAGAUAUAACGCGGUACGCUGAAAGGAUUCUGGCGCGCGCCAUGACCGUGGAGGUAGCUGUCCGUACUGAUAGGGAUGCACAACAGGAGGAGGCCCUGCAUCAGGUGAACAUGUACAUAGACCAACUAGUGAUGGCGGUGCACGACGACGCUGUCAUCGCUCACACCCGCUGCCAGACCUUCAUGAACGCCUGUACAUCUCAACCAGACCCUUCGUCGGGCACCGACAAGAAUUUCGAAAGCGCCAUCUUGGGCUGCACACUGGAUGACCAGAAGCGAGUAAAGAAACGUCUCCAGGGCCUCCUCGAUUACUUCGCCAAGUUGAACGUGACCACGUGUUCGUGAGUGACCGCUUUGCUUGACAGCAAACUCGUCAUUCGCUGAGUCUGUACCAGCUUUGCGUUUAUCUGGACUGCCUGGGAGCGCGGUGCCGAUCGUGCAUAUGUAACUGCAAGACUGUCACUCUCCAAUUGUUUGUUUGUGAUAAUCAUUCUCAUUAAACUUUGGCCUUAAAGGAAACGUUGUUCUAAAUUUUUUUUUGUGAUUUAAAAUCUUCAUAAAUUACACCUGAUGUUGUAAUCAAUCCAUCGUAUUAAUUACACUUAUUAUUAUUUUUUGGUCUUAAAUCUAGUGGAUAACUAGUUUUGAACUGUUCAAACAUCAACAUUCAAGCAAAUUAUAAAGUCCAUACUUAAAAUUAAAAGUAAAAUCAUAAAUACAUUUAUUUCCGGAAUUUAUGAUGAAAAUAUGAAACAUGCUUAAUUAUUUUCAUUUCGGCUUGCCU